AUGUCGUCCAUCCAGCUUUUGAAUCCCAAAGCAGAAUCCUUGAGACGUGACCAGGCGCUCCAGGUAAACAUUGCGGCCGCACAAGGCUUGCAGAAUGUUUUGGCCUCCAACUUGGGCCCCAAAGGCACAUUGAAGCUCUUGGUGGACGGAUCAGGGUCGCUCAAAUUGACCAAAGACGGCAAGGUUUUGCUUUCGGAAAUGCAGAUCCAGCACCCAACGGCCGUGAUGAUUGCACGUGCGGCCACUGCGCAAGACGAGAUCACCGGAGAUGGAACAACCACCGUGGUUCUUUUGGUGGGCGAGUUGUUGAAGCAGGCUGAACGGUUUAUCAGCGAGGGCGUCCAUCCACGCGUAUUGGUGGACGGCUUCGAGACGGCGCGCGAGGCAGUGUUGGACCACUUGAAGGCAUUCCAGACGGUGCCCGACUCGUUUGACCGCGAGUUUUUGCUCCAGGUGGCCCGCAGUUCUGUGGCGACCAAAGUGACGCCCGAAUUGACGAGUGUGUUGGCGCCCAUUGUCACCGACGCCGUUUUGGCGGUCCAGGGCGACGAGCAGAACCAGUUGGACUUGCACAUGGUGGAGAUCAUGACCAUGCAGCACGGAAAUGCCACCGACACCACUUUGGUGAAGGGAUUGGUGUUGGACCACGGCGCCCGGCACCCGGACAUGCCUCGCCGCGUCAAGAACGCCUACGUGUUGAUUUUGAACGUGUCCUUGGAGUACGAGAAGACCGAGGUCAACCUGGGCUUUUUCUACUCUACGGCGGAACAGCGCGAGAAGUUGGUGGCAUCGGAGAGACAGUUUGUCGACGCCAAGUUGAAGAAGAUUGUGGACUUGAAGAACGAGGUGUGUGGCCUCGGCGACGACGCGGGCUUUGUGAUCAUCAACCAGAAGGGUAUUGACCCGAUGUCGCUUGACGUUUUGGCCAAGCACGGCAUCUUGGCGUUGCGCAGAGCCAAGCGCAGAAACAUGGAGCGGUUGCAGUUGAUCGUGGGCGGCGAAGCACAGAACGCCGUCGACGACUUGUCUCCGGCCGUCUUGGGCCGCUCGGGGCUUGUCUACGAAGAGAGCAUUGGCGAAGAUAAAUUCACAUACAUCACCGAAUGUCCACACGCAAAAGCGGCAACGAUUCUCAUCAAGGGCCUGGCCAGCCAUGCGUUGCAACAGACAAAGGACGCUGUCCGUGACGGCUUGCGGGCCGUGGCCAAUGUGCUCAAAGAUGGCGCUGUCGUUCCUGGCGCCGGUGCGUUUUUCAUGAGCGCCCACGCCCAGUUGCAAGAGUCCAAGACGCUCCGUGGCCGCCACAAGCCUGGCAUCCGCGCGUUUGCCGAGGCGCUCCUCGUGGUGCCCAAAACCUUGUGUACCAACGCAGGCUUGGACUCGUUGGAGUCUCUUUCGGCGUGCCAGGACGAGGUUGCCGACGGCCACGUAGUGGGCAUUGAUUUGCGGUCGGGCGAGCCCAUGGACCCGGCGCUCGAAGGCGUGUGGGACUCCGUCAGGGUGGUCCGCAACGCUAUUCUGGCCGCAACGGGCAUAGCGUCGAACCUUUUGCUCUGUGACGAGCUUUUGAAGGCGGGUAAGUCGUCGUUGCGGGCGGGCCAGGGACAGCAGGGAAUGCCGCAAGGAAUGCCACAGGGAAUGCCGCAGGGAAUGCCGGGCAUGCCGGGAAUGUGA